GUUCAAACGUACAGGUGUAAUGAUUGUGAUUACAAAACUAUAUACAAAAUGUAUAUCAAAAAGCACCAACUCAAACAUAAAGACCCUUCACAGGUUCAAAUGUACAAGUGUAACAACUGCGAUUACGAAACUAAAUACAAGAGUCAUAUCAAAUCACACCAACUAAAACAUAAAGAUCCUUCUCAGGUUCAAACGUACAGGUGUAAUGACUGUGAUUACGAAACUAUAUACAAAACGAAUAUCAAAAAGCACCAACUGAAACACAAAGAUCUUUUGCAGGUUCAAAUGUACAAGUGUAAUGACUGCGAUUAUGAAAAUAAAUACAAAACGAACAUCAAAAAGCACCAACUCAAACAUAAAGACCCUUCGCAGGUUCAAACGUACAGGUGUAACGACUGCAAUUUCGAAACUAAAUACAAGAGGAAUAUCAAACGGCAUCAGCUGAAACAUAAAGAUAAGGCGUACCGACUGUGACUAUAAAUCCAAAUGCAGGAGUUGUAUAAAAUAUCACAUGCUGAAGCAUAGAGAGCCUUCACGAGUGCAAAUGUUCGGGUAUGUAUGAGCAUGCGAAGAUGUGUCGCGGGUUCAAAUGCAUCGAUGUGAUUCUGGAACCAAGCAUAAGUAGUCUCUAAGGAGAUAUCUGUUGCUGCACAAAAACAUUUGUGGGUGCGAAGUACGGCCCAUUAAAACGCAAAAUCCAGUCAAAAAUGAAGUUAUUCAAGGGACCGACCAUGGAUAAGUGAAUAUGAAGUAGAAUGUAAAGCCUGUUGUGAAAAACAUCGGUUCAAACAAAAACUCUCCCUGAAACAGAAAGAGACAAGUGAUUUCGGACUAGUGCUUUUGUAACAAUACAUUAAAAUGAAUACUUUGUAAU